UUUUUUUUUUUUUUCGGUGGGUGUUCCCAAAGCAGGACGUGGGCGUGAAUGCGAGACUGAGGCUCCAGCGGUUCGUGGGAAAGACGCUCAGAGUGUUUGGUGACUGUACCUGUGCGCACUGCAUCAUGAAGCGGCCUUGUGAGGACAGCACGUCCGACAGCGACAUGGAUGAAACUAUUGAUGUGGGCAGCGAGAAUAACUACUCGGGUCAAAGCAACGGUUCAUUUAUAAGAUGUGGCUCACCUACUACAACAUCCCAAGUCAUGGCCAGAAAGAAGCGGAGAGGGAUCAUCGAGAAAAGACGGAGGGACCGAAUAAAUAAUAGUUUAUCAGAGUUACGUCGUCUGGUGCCAACAGCAUUUGAGAAACAGGGAUCUGCCAAGUUAGAGAAAGCGGAAAUAUUGCAGAUGACAGUGGAUCAUUUGAAGAUGCUCCAGGCCACAGGAGGAAAAGGAUAUUUUGAUGCUCAUUCCCUGGCCAUGGACUUCAUGAGCAUUGGCUUUCGGGAGUGUCUGACCGAAGUGGCGAGGUAUUUGAGCUCCGUGGAAGGUCUGGACUCCAGCGACCCGCUCCGCGUCCGCUUGGUUUCUCACCUCAGCAGCUGCGCCUCGCAGAGGGAAGCGGCCGCCAUGACCACAUCCAUAGCCCAUCACCAGCAGGCCCUCCACCCGCAUCACUGGGCUGCCGCUUUGCAUCCCAUCCCCACUGCGUUUCUGCACCAGACCGGACUUCCGUCCUCAGAGAGUUCCUCUAGCAGGCUGACCGAGGUUCCUCAGAGGGGUGCAGCCCUGCUGACCUCCUCCUUCACCCACAGUGACUCCGCACUCAGAGCGCCCUCUACAGGCAGCGUCGCUCCUUGCGUGCCGCCGCUCUCCACCUCGCUGCUUUCAAUAUCGGCAACCGUUCACGCGGCGGCCGCCGCCGCUGCAGCGCAAACCUUCCCUCUGUCGUUUAGCGGAUUCCCGCUCUUCAGCCCCAGCGUAACGGCAUCUUCGGUGGCUUCUUCCACCGUGAGCUCUUCCGUUUCCACCUCCACCACAUCCCAACAGAGCAGCGGGAACAGCGGGAGUAAACCAUAUCGACCGUGGGGGACUGAAGUGGGAGCGUUUUAAGUGUUGGAUUUGCUCUCGUUGCAUCUGGACGUGUUCCACACUUUGUACAUAAAGGAAAGAAAACAGCUAUUGUGCCUGCUUUGGUCAGCACUAUGGGCUUUUUUUUCCUCUACACUUCCUGUGCACAUAUGCCACAUCACAUCUGGGAGGGAAAGAAAGACAGACUUUUACACAUCACACUGCGUGGACACCCGUAAGGAUGAAGAGUGAUUGUCAUUUUUAAAGAAAAAUACUGGUUUAACUUUGUGUAAAGGACUACGCUAUGGGAUAGUGCCUGCAUAAACACUGCUAAAAUGCUGCAAUUGAUGUGUAUGCUUUGAUAUUUCUCCACUCAAAAGCAUAUUGUCAGAUUUUCACAAACACACACACACUGUAGAGUUUUUUUUUUUAAAAAAACAGCUUGUUCAAAGACAAACCAAAGGUUUUGCAGAUAAUCGCUAAAGUGAUGUGUGGAUCAGUUUUGUAAUCUUUGAUUUAACAAUCCAGUUUGUAAAUCUGUACAUGUGUAAGAUUGUAACUAGAGUUUAUAUUGAAAUUAGAUGACUUAAUUGGUAUGAUGCACUUCAAUCACUACUGGGUUUUUUUUUGUUUUUGUUUUUUUUUUUUGGUGGAGACGGGAUCUUCUCCACUUUACACAAUAGGCCUACUGAAAUUUGUUAAAAAUAACAUUCACUAAUACUCAUUUGUGAGAUUUUCUACUACUGUAACUUUGUGACCCUUUUUAAUAACCCUACCAUGCUCUGUAAGAUGUAACCUUUUUCUAUGCAAAAAAGAACAAAAACUGAUGUGUGAAGUGAAA